GAAAGGCCCAAUAUCUCAGCCUCGGCCUCCGCAGGCCCUCAGUCUCACCACUAUUCACUAUCUCCUUUGAACAAACUGAGAAGAAGAAAAUGAUGGUGAAGAAUAUGGGGUUGAUGUGAUGACUAUUGGGAAAUGAAUUUAGAAGAAUAAAAGGAAGGUUUUUCUUUUCUUUGCUUUGCUUUGCUUUGGUUCUCUUCUCGUCGUCGACGCCCAAGUAGGCUGAGCCAUGGCCGCCACAAGCUCCGCCCUGGGCACUGUGAGCCUCCCCCAAAUCAGUCCCUCCUCCACAAGUUCCCACAGAUUAAGGAACGAUAACCGCCUCAAACUCAAAUGCCUCCGCCCCAGUCUUCCUCCGCCUUUGAAUCUCUCGCAUCUCAAUUCUCCUUUAUCCUUACUCUCUUCCUCCAUCUCCAGGCAUCUUCCAAUUCGAGCUGUCUAUGGAGGUCCAGGAUUUUUUCCGAAGACAAAUAGUUAUAGUUAUAGUAAUGGUAAUAGUAGUAAUACUAGUAUUAGGCAUAGGUCUGUGUUGAGUGGGCUGCCCCUCGCCAAAGCUGCUGAUUCUUUGAGGCCACGUAAUUGCGUUUCUUGCUCCCCUUGUCGAAGCCGACGAGGCUAUUCACGUUUCAAAACGUCAAUACCAUCUGUAUUUCCUGACAAAUCUUCUUUUUGCUUAUCCAAGCCCAAACUACACGAUGCCCUGGUUCCAUGUGCAACUGUUGGUCCGGAUGAGCCACACGCAGCCAGCACUGCCUUGCCAGAAGGUAUUAUUGAGAAGCAAGACUUGGAUUUAUUGUAUGGCGGAGUAGAUGACAAAGACUUGGAUGAGUUCUUACCUUGUCAACUUCCCACUCAUCCAAAGCUCUAUCGAGGGCAAUUGAAAAAUGGCCUGCGUUAUCUUGUUUUACCCAAUAAAGUUCCUCCUAACAGGUUCGAAGCACACAUGGAAGUUCAUGUAGGAUCAAUAGACGAGGAAGAUGAUGAGCAAGGAAUUGCUCAUAUGAUCGAACAUGUGGCUUUCCUUGGAAGUAAGAAACGUGAGAAGCUUCUUGGGACAGGGGCACGAUCUAAUGCUUACACCGACUUUCAUCAUACAGUGUUUCAUAUCCAUUCACCGACUAGUUCUAAGGAUUCUGAUGGAGAUCUACUUCCAUAUGUAUUAGAUGCAUUAAAUGAGAUAGCUUUCCAUCCAAAAUUCCUUUCUUCUCGAGUAGAAAAAGAAAGGCGUGCAAUACUUUCAGAAUUACAAAUGAUGAAUACAAUUGACUAUCGUGUUGACUGCCAGUUGCUACAACAUCUUCAUUCUGAAAACAAGCUGAGCAAAAGGUUUCCAAUUGGAUUAGAAGAUCAGAUUAAGAAGUGGGAUGUUGACAAAAUAAGGAAAUUCCACGAGCGCUGGUAUUUCCCUGGAAAUGCAACCUUGUACAUUGUCGGGGAUAUUGACGACAUCUCAAAAACAGUUUUCCAGAUUCAAGCAGUCUUUGGACAAACUGGCGUAGAAUCUGAGGCUGUCUCGCCAUCAAGUCCCAGUGCUUUUGGUGCAAUGGCUAGUUUCCUUGUUCCUAAGCUCUCAGUUGGGCUGGGUGGAAAUUUAUCUAAUGAAAGAUCAUCUAAUUCUGUAGAACAAUCUAAAAUCUUCAAAAAGGAAAGGCAUGCAGUUCGUCCUCCUGUAAAGCAUAAUUGGUCACUCCCUGGAAGCAGCACAGAUGAGAAGCUUCCGCAAAUUUUUCAGCAUGAGCUGAUUCAAAAUUUUUCCUUCAAUAUGUUUUGCAAGAUUCCAGUGAAUAAGGUUCAAACAUAUGGUGACUUACGGAAUGUUCUGAUGAAGAGAAUAUUUCUAUCUGCUUUGCAUUUCCGGAUUAAUACGAGAUACAAGAGUUCAAAUCCACCGUUUACCUCAAUUGAAUUGGACCAUAGUGACUCUGGAAGAGAAGGAUGCACUGUUACUACUCUUACUGUAACUGCUGAACCGAAGAAUUGGCAAAGUGCAAUAAAAGUUGCUGUUCAAGAGGUUCGUCGCCUGAAAGAAUUUGGGGUUACCAAGGGAGAAUUGACUCGCUAUUUGGAUGCACUUUUGAAAGAUAGUGAACAUCUGGCAGCUAUGAUUGAUAAUGUGUCAUCCGUAGAUAAUUUGGAUUUCAUUAUGGAGAGUGACGCAUUGGGCCAUACAGUGAUGGACCAGAGGCAAGGACAUGAGAGUUUGGUCACUGUUGCUGGAACAAUUAAACUUGAGGAGGUAAACUCUAUUGGGGCUAAGGUGUUGGAAUUUGUUUCUGAUUAUGGAAAACCUACUGCACCCCUUCCUGCUGCAAUAGUUGCAUGCGUUCCGAAAAAAGUGCAUAUUGAAGGAAAGGGUGAAACCGAAUUCACAAUAUCCCCAAGUGAGAUUACAGCUGCUAUAAAAGCAGGACUGAAGGAGCCUAUUGAGGCUGAACCCGAGCUUGAGGUGCCAAAGGAGUUACUAUCUUCAUCACAACUACGUGAAUUAUGGCUGGAGCGUAGCCCAUCCUUUAUUUCCUUAAGUCCUGAAACUAAUGUGUCAAAAAUCCAUGACAAGGAAACAGGAAUUACUCAAUGCCGUCUCUCAAAUGGAAUUCCUGUAAACUACAAGAUUUCAAAAAGUGAAGCCCGUGGUGGUGUAAUGCGGCUUAUAGUUGGUGGUGGACGAGCAGUUGAAAGUUCUGAAUCAAGAGGAGCAGUUGUUGUGGGUGUUCGAACUCUCAGUGAAGGAGGGCGUGUUGGAAAUUUUUCAAGGGAGCAGGUUGAACUAUUUUGUGUAAAUCACUUGAUCAAUUGCUCCUUGGAAUCCACAGAGGAAUUUAUUGCUAUGGAAUUUCGUUUUACUUUAAGAGAUAAUGGGAUGCGUGCAGCUUUCCAAUUGCUCCAUAUGGUAUUGGAGCAUAGUGUCUGGCUGGAUGAUGCGUUUGACAGAGCACGACAAUUAUAUUUGUCAUAUUAUCGAUCCAUUCCCAAGAGCUUGGAGCGGUCCACUGCUCACAAACUCAUGAUAGCAAUGUUGGAUGGAGAUGAACGAUUCGUUGAGCCUACUCCAAAAUCAUUACAAAAUUUGACCUUGCAAUCUGUAAAGGAUGCAGUCAUGAACCAGUUUGUUGGAAAUAACAUGGAGGUAAGUAUCGUCGGUGACUUUUCAGAGGAGGAUAUAGAGUCUUGUAUUCUUGAUUACCUCGGUACGGUUAGAGCUACUGGAAUUCCCACAAGGAACCAUGAUGAGUAUGCCCCGGUUGUUUUUCGUCCUUCUCCGUCUGAUUUGCAGUCUCAGCAGGUAUUCUUGAAGGACACCGAUGAGAGAGCAUGUGCCUAUAUUGCAGGCCCUGCACCAAACCGCUGGGGUUUUACAGUUGACGGAAAGGACCUGUUCAAGUCAAUUAGCAGUAUUUCAACUGGUGAGGUUGCACAACCAAACACUGAAGAAUUACUUACUGGGGCUGAGGAUUUUGAGAAGGAUUUGCAAAGAAAACUUCGUGGACAUCCACUUUUCUUUGGUAUCACUAUGGGGCUUCUGGCUGAGAUUAUCAACUCCAGGCUGUUCACUACUGUAAGGGAUUCUCUUGGAUUGACAUAUGAUGUGUCAUUUGAAUUAAACUUAUUCGAUAGGCUAAAUCUUGGAUGGUAUGUUAUUUCCGUAACAUCUACUCCAGGCAAGGUUCACAAAGCUGUUGAUGCAUGUAAGAACGUUCUCAGAGGUUUGCACAGCAACAAGAUUACUCAAAGGGAGUUGGACAGGGCAAAAAGAACCCUUCUUAUGAGGCAUGAGGCUGAAAUCAAGUCGAAUGCGUAUUGGCUUGGACUGUUAGCACACCUACAAGCCUCUUCCGUUCCAAGGAAGGACAUAUCGUGCAUCAAAGAUCUGACAUUGUUGUAUGAAGCUGCUGGUAUUGAGGAUGUAUACCUAUCAUAUGAUCAGCUGAAAGUAGAUGAGGAUUCUCUGUAUUCAUGCAUUGGGAUAGCCGGGGCUCAAGAUGACGAGGAAAUCAGUGCCGAGUCAAUAGAAGAGGAAGGAGGAUCAUCAGAUGAAGGCUUUCCGGGAGUCGGUCCAGUGGGACGUGGUUUAUCGACAAUGACAAGGCCUACCACAUGAGAGAGCUCCUCCCCCGUCAAUCCUAAGAUGAGAGCUUUAUUCUCCAAGAUUAAAGGAGUGGGACGGCCUGGCCUUGCUGGGGCAAUCCAGAAUAUGGCAUUGCCGUGAAGCAGCCCCGCUCUGCGCUGCCCGAGCAACCCAAAGCUAGCUUCUUUGCCAAAUCACCGAUGCAGAUUUUUCGCAUCCCCCAUAUGUGAAUUUGUUAUUCUUCUGUUUUUAUAUUGUUUUUGUACAAAAAGAAAGACCUCGUAUUUUGCCCAUAGGUGAUUAAUAAUAAUAAUUGUUCUAUAAAUUUUGUAGUUGUACGAUGAAAUUUUGUACACAGAUUACAUGUCCUAUUAUUCUACUUCAGAUAGAGAGCAAGGAAAACAAAAUUGUUACAGAAAAGCGCAAUUCUAAUAUUUUGGGAAUUUAUGCUA